AUGGCUGCGCGAGUUCGGUCCCUUGAGUUCUCCAGGAUUGGUCCUCGAGAACUUAGCAGACCGACUCGCCGCGGCGGCGUGCCUCCCCCGCGCGCGCGUGGGCGGGGUGCGUUUGUAACAGUGCCCUGCUCGACAUGGCGACAUCGCGCCCCAUCAGCGCACCUGCCAGCUCGGCGUGUCUCCUCCCAAGCAGCCCGCCAUGCCGGCUGCGUGUCCACCGAGGACGACCCGCCCGCUUUCGCUUUGCCGCGCUCGCACCUCCUUUCGCUGCCCCCCCCCCUCUGUCCGUCGCUUUAUGCCCCCAACGUCGAUCUGCGGAGGCGGGAUUCGUGCACCCGCCGCCGGGCUGCUCGCCUCUUCCUACAGGGAACUCCCAGGACGGACGACACGGGCACUCCACCGCCUCCGCCCGAGCCGAACGCACCGCACCCCGGGCUGUCGCGCGCCCUCCCCCCCCCUGCGAACGAAAGCGUUCGUGCACCGCCGUCGGGGGAUCCUGAACCCCGCAGCGCCGUCCCCUCGACGCGCCGGCACGUUUCCCAGCUUCCACGUGCGAGAUUGGAGUCGUGGCUCGCGGAGGGAGUGUGA